AUGCCGAUUUCAAGGGAAGAGAAGCUGCGAAGAAAAAGAGAAGCUGAGAAACGAAGAUAUGAUAGGAUGAAGCAAGAUCCUGAAGAAAGAGAAAAAUUGAGACAGAAAGAACGCGAUCAAUAUUCGAAAAAAAAGGAAAAGAAGAUAAUCAGACCUAUCAGUCAGCUGAAUGAAAGAGAAAAACGUGCUAAAAGAAAAGAGUGGCGUCAAACCUCAAAAACUUAUAGACAAAAGCGAAAGCAAAUCCAAAUACAGAAUGAAUUUUUGGAACAAAAUACUCCACCAGCAUCUCCCCUUUCUGUAGAAAACAUAAAUGAAGUUCACCAAGUUACGCCUCAGAGUAUUUCAGGCAAACGUCUAGCAGCAAGAAAUAGAAAAGUGAGAAGCAGAAGAUCCAAAGAAAGAGAAAAAAUGAUUCUCAAACUACGAAAGGACGUCGCAAGAUAUAAAGGAAAAUAUUAUAGACUGAAGAAGAAAACAAAACAGAAGAACAGGCGAUUUGACCAGCCUUCGCCCAAAACAAGAGUGGGUGAUAUGAUUGGUGGGAAUCAAACUCCGGAGAUUGCGAAGAAACUGCUUUUUGCUGAAGCUGUAUCAGAUCAAUUGAAAACUAAUUAUGAACAAUUGAGAGGCGAUAAAGAUAAGCGAUUCUUCAGACAGAUAUUAUCAGGACCCAUUAUAAAAAAGUAUCGGAUGAAACAGGACUUACAAAAAAUUGUGAAGGGCAGUAAAUUGACAAAAUCUUCAACAAGCGUACAGAACAGAUCUGCAAUGGAGAGAUGUAAGAAAAUUAACGCAAUUUGGAAAUUCUUAGAAUCAGACCUCAACAGCAAAAUGUGUCCAGGAAAAAAAGACUAUUGCUCUAGAAAUGGAUCAAGACAACAGAUAUCACUCCACACAGUUGUUAUGUACACGAACGCUGGUGGAAAAUUGAAGAAAGAAUGCUACUGUACGCUAUCAGAGUGUCUUAAUCAUAAUGUACCAGGGAUAUGGGCACAUUUAGAUCCUAUUUUAAAGAGCUUAAUGGAGCAGUAUCCCAUUAUUGAUACUUUGCACUUUGUAAGUGAUAGUCCUGCUACACAGUAUCGCAAUAAAACGAUGUUCUUUUUUCUCGCUGUUGAACUAUCUAAUUUGUUUCCAACAAUCAGGAAAUUUUCUUGGAAUUACUUGGAGGCAGGCCACGGAAAAGGAGCUCCGGAUGGUGUAGGUGGAGUGACUAAGAGAACAGCGGACAGAUUGGUUGCCCAAGGCCAUGAUAUCGCAUCAUUUGAUACGUUGGUAACUGCACUCUCACAAAAUAUCAAAGGUAUAACGUACCUAACAGUUGAUGCUAGCGAUGUGAAGAGAAUAUCAGAACGACUAGACAACAAAAAAAUGCCAAUUUUCAAAGGUACCAUGAAAGUGCAUCAGGUGAAGAAAGACUUAUCGCAGAAAGCCUUUCCUAAAUUACUCUUCUAUUCGCUGAGUUCUUUGGACGAAGAUGAUCAUACUUAUCUCCUUGGUUCGAAGGUGUAUGAGUCGGCAAACCCACUAUCUCCAGAAGAAGCUUCGGAUGCAUCAAGUGAUGAAGACUUGCCAUUAAUUCGAUAUUCUUCAACUGGAACAGAGAUUCCUAAUAGAAAACCCUUCGAAAGUAACGAAGAAUACCGGUUUGGUAUUCUCAUGGAAAUUACCGGUUUUCUGAGGAAUGAAACCACUAGACAAACAAACCUCUCAAGAAGGCCUCAUGAGGCUACAAGUGGUUAG